CCCUCGCCGCGCUUCCUCGCCGUGGCCGUGGCCUCGCCGUCGCCGGAGCCCCGCGGCAGGCCGGAGUGCAAGUCAGAAUGCCUACUGCUUCAUGUGCACAUCCAGAUUUACACCUUUACUGUCUUUUGAAGUUAAGGUAGGAGACGGGACACAGGAAGAGUCCAAGUACAACCCAAGACCAUGGCAGCACACUGGAGAAAAGUCCUGAUAAUAUGUGUGACAGCUCAAGUACUGCUUGUAAAUGCCUUUGAGGAAGAGGAUGUACCUGAGGAAUGGAUUCUUCUUCAUGUUGUUCAAGGUCAGAUUGGAGCAGGAAACUACAGCUAUUUGAGACUAAAUCACGAGGGAAAGAUAGUCCUUCAGAUGCGAAGUUUAAAAGGUGACGCGGACUUGUAUGUAUCUGAUGUGACACUUCACCCCAGCUUUGACGAGUACGAGUUACAGUCUGUAACCUGUGGCCAAGACAUGGUGCAUGUGCCUGCACACUUCCGCCGCCCCGUGGGAAUAGGGAUUUACGGCCAUCCCUCUCACCUGGAGAGCGAGUUUGAAAUGAAAGUGUACUACGAUCGAACAGUUGUACAGUACCCAUUUGGUGAGGCUUCUUAUAACCCUGAGGAGAUGGAGGCAAACCAGAAAUACUCACAGUCUGCAGAAGAUGAAUCUCAGGAUGAGGAGUCUGUUUUCUGGACUAUACUUAUUGGAAUAUUGAAAUUAAUACUUGAAAUUCUUUUUUAAAUUGUUACACACUGGACUAAGUCACAAUUCAGCCUGUGAAAUUGAGUACGAAUGACAUGCUGUAAUAUUUAAUACUCUUUGUUAUGUUUCCUGAAGAGGUAUUCAGGUUACAUUUCCUAAACCAGAAAGGAGGCGGGGAGAAAAAGCCAUAUUUAAUUUUAUAUUGUAAAUCCUCCCCUAUAUGUAAAAUGAGCAGCAAGCACAGUAUUUGCAGUGCUCUUCAGAGAUCAGGGCUUAAAAAUGAAUGUAGAGUUGGGAUCUUGUUAACUUCACUUUUAAAUAGGUGCUUAGGAUGAUCAACUCCAAUUCAGUAUUUUCUAUUGUUUUUUACAAGGAAAAAUGAAAUUCCUGCACUUCAGUCCCCCUCUCAAUUUAGAGCAUAUUUAAAAAUAAAACCUGCUGCUUUUUGAGCAAAUAUCUCCAAUAAAACUAAUUAGCAAUGGGUUUGUGUGUAUUCAUCAAGUUGAGGAGCCUAGGGCCAAGGAAGGAGAAAACAAUCAAUCACCUAAGGGGAUAGGUGGUCUGUAUUUCGGCUGUGUGUGCUCUGCAUCACGUCAACCAUCUGUCAAGCAGAGAUCUAUCCAGUCACUACAAAUCCAUGACCUGAAUCAAGUGCAUGUUGCUUCUUUGCUGUUACUGUAGGGAGAGGGAGCCUUCAGCUGUUUUUACUUGUCAGUAUGACAUUUUCAUCUCUCAUUAAAAACAACACAGCAUAUAGUAUCUCGAACUUGAGGGGUGCUUUCUUACACUUCCCUUUAAAGCUUUUUGUGAUUGAUCUUUUUUUUUAGCACAUCUUUAUGCAUAAGCCAUUAGCUUGCAAAGAAAAUUUCUGCUGAAAGGAAGAAGGUCAUGUCAUACCCACUCUUCCUCUAAAGUUACUUUUCACAAGAAUAUUUUUUCUUUGGUUGAGUCUUUCAAAAUAACCAGUUGCUAUGCAAAUAGAGUAUAUUUAAAAUGAUCUGUAGUUUUUUUUUCAUGGAGCUUACUGAUGAGUGCACUAAAAUAAACAAGUACGUUACUAUAAUUUUAUACAAAUGAUGGAUGUACAAUUUAAAUUUCAUUCUCAAAAAACUUCUCUUUUGGAGUGGAAAUUUGGUUUGUCUAUCUCGACAUCUGACAGGACAUGAUUAGUGACUUGUAUCACAAAAAAUAAUUAUAUAGACCAAUUAAAAGUUUAUUUGGUAAAAAGAAAAAAAAAAAGUGGUAUUGUUCCUCUUAGAGUGGUUGACUAAAUAGCACCAAAGUAUCACUUUAAUUUGUGCAUUUAAGUUUUGGAGAGCAACUUUUUGGGUUUUUUUUAGCCCUCUUUGCUGUUUUUCCCCCUUCUUCCUCCUCUUCUGGGUACAGGAGGGUCUUUUUGACAACAAUCACAAAUCCAGCGACCUAAGAAAAGAAAGUUAUCAAUUAUUGGGAAACUAAGUUUGUUACUCACUCAUCUAGCUAUGCACCUUUCAUCAUUCUAACAGGCACUUAUCUAUUUGCAGUACUUCCUUUAAUGCAAACAACCAGUGCUUUUCUUUAAAUUUAAGCAUCUUUUCUGUAAAGCAGCAUAUACAAUUCAUGCUCCCUUGCAGACUCCUUACGUGUAACCACUGGCUACACAAAUCCUUACAGACCUCAAGAAGUGUCAGCAGUACCAAGGACAUGGUUAUUAGAUAAGACUUGACAAACAACGCUCAAGUUUGCCAGUUAUAUUUUCAGGUGAAUAACUACAGUUCAAGGUUAUGGGAAGUUACCCAGAGCAGAAACGAAUGGCACUUGGGGAGGCAUUUAACUGUUUAUAUUACAAAGAGCUGGAACCAUAAAGGCUGCUUUGGUAAUUUUACAGUUUUUUAGACACAUAUGAUCUAUUUUGUUUACAUUCUUAGGUCAGCCUGAAAGUGAAAUCAACCGCAGAACGUGUACUAAAGUGACAGCUAGUGCCAGUGCUUCCUAAAAUGGGACUGGACAGCAUUUUUGAAGUAGCAUACACGGCGUAUUGUCACUGCCACUGAGUACUUAUUCAUAAACUUACUUACCAUGGAUUUAGUAUUACAUGUAAUGCAACACAGCACCUGUUAUUUUCUUUCUACAGCCUUGAGUUAGCCAGGUGAUAUGAGUGACUGGGUAAUUUAAAAGUACAGGCUGGCUGCCUGCCUGCCAUAGACAUACUUCAGUUAGAGCUUUGAAGUUUAAAUAAAAAAGGGAAGGAGAGGGUUUAAAGAGGUGUUUACAAAUAUUGAAACUACAUUUGAAUUUAGAAGCUGAAACAGCUGCACCAACAAUUAAUGUGAAAGCUACACUCUAGCAAUAUGCAGCAAUACAGUCUCUUUUACAAAAGUUUCUUUCAUUAAAAGAGGUUAAAUACCCUCAGUGUUCUGUGGAUAUGGAAGAAAAGAGUUCUGAGUGAGCCUGUUUGGUUUAUGUUGUAAAAGCCCAUUAUAUUUCCUAUACAGGAAUUGCCAGGUUAAACUGUGCACAACCAAAUAUACAGAAAUAAAGCAUAUUAAAAA